AUGGCUAAAGGAAUGAUGCAGAUGAAGGCGUGGAUGGAAGUUGCACCAUCACUUCUUGUUGUUCCUGUGAAACCUUCUCAUUGUCCUAAGCUUGAAACCAUCAGAGAAGAUGGAGCUGAAGAAGGCCACGAUGAUAACGAUGAUGGUUCUUAG